GGCGCGCGCGGGGCCGGGGCCCCGAGAGCGAGGAGAGGGGCUGAGCUUCGCUCCGCUGCUCCCAGUCCCGGCGCAUCCCGGCACGGCGGGGAUGCCCGCUGGCAGCGCGUAGAGGAGCGCCCCGGUGGCCCGGGAGGAUGUUGGGGAGCAGCGGAGCGCUGCUGCUGCCGCUGCUGGCAGCCGUGCUGCUCGGUGCUCCGGUGCCCGCGCAGCCGGCGGGGGAAGCCGCCUGCCUCCCGGUCCGCACCGCCUUCCAGGUGCUGCAGCCCGGAGCCAAGUGGGUCCCCGAAGGCCCCGUGCCAGGGACUGAUCUGCAGGUAUGUAUCCCAAAGGGCUCCACGUGCUGCUCGAGGAAGAUGGAGGAGAAGUACCAGGCAACCGCCCGCCUGAAAAUGGAGCAGCUGCUGCAGUCUGCCAGUGUGGAGCUGAAAUUCCUUGUCAUCCAGAAUGCUGCUGUCUUCCAAGAAGCCUUUGAAAUUGUAGUGCGGCAUGCAAGAAACUUCACCAACAGCAUGUUUAGGAUCUACUACCAGAGCAUGGGGCCCAGGGCUCUUAAAUUUGUUGGAGAACUUUUUACUGAUAUCUCGCUGUACAUAUUAGGCUCUGACAUCAAUGUCAAUGACAUGGUAAAUGAAUUUUUUGACAGUUUAUUCCCUUUGGUUUACUCUCACUUGAUUAAUCCCGGCUUCCCCGAUCCCUCUGUGGAAAUGACUGAAUGUCUGCGGGCAGCCAGGAGAGACCUCAAAGUCUUUGGGAACUACCCAAAGAUGAUGAUGACACAGGUGUCCAAGUCCCUGCAGGCCACACGAGUCUUUCUGCAGGCGCUGAACCUGGGGAUUGAGGUGAUAAACACUACUGACCACCUGAAAUUCAGCAAGGACUGUGGACGGGCACUGCUGAAGAUGUGGUACUGCUCCCACUGCCAGGGGCUGCUCCUGGCCAAGCCUUGUGCUGGCUACUGUGGAGCAGUGAUGCAGGGAUGCCUGGCAGGCGUCCUGGAGAUCCAAAACCUCUGGAAGGAGUACAUUGGGUCUCUGGAGGGGUUGACCAGAGGCAUGCACGGCAUCUAUGACAUGGAGCACGUCCUCCUGAGCCUGUUCUCCGUGGUGCGCGAUGCCAUCGUCCACGUGCAGAAGAACGAAGGGAAGCUCUCGACAGCUAUAAGCCGGUUAUGUGGCCAUGCUCAGCAGAGGCAGAUUCGAUCAGCUAAUUAUCCAGAAGACCUUUUCAUUGACAAGAAAGUCCUGAAAGUAACUGACAUUGAGCAAGAAGAAACUUUGUCGAGCAGGAGGAGGGAACUGAUUGCAAAGCUGAAGUCCCAUAGCAGUUUUUACAGCACCUUGCCAGAGUACAUCUGCAACCACAGCUCUGCUGUCCAGAAUGACACCCUUUGCUGGAACGGACAAGAAGUCGUGGAGAGGUACAGUCCCCAGAUCACAAGGAAUGGAGCAAAAGCGCAGGCUGGCAACCAUGAGGUGAAGAUUAAAGGUCCGGAGCCAGUGAUUAGCCAGAUUAUUGACAAGCUGAAACACAUCAACCAGGUAAAUCAUGAAAGCUGUCCCACCUGGACUGCAUGGUUGGGUCCCGUCUGGCUUGUUCUGUUCCUGGGAUGCAGAGGAACGAGAAUCCCACAGAGGAGCAAGCAUCCUGCUGCUGAACAGUCGCGGUCCCUUUCAGCACGAUGGACUUGGGUUUUGGCAGUGGUGCACUGGAGCAAUGGGUUUGAACUGCUGCUCAGAGGGAUGACUUUGCCCCAUCGAAAAGCUUCAGGAAAAGCCCCAGAAGAGGAGGAGGAGGAGAGUGGAGACUGCGACGAUGAAGAUGACUGUGGCAGAGGCUCUGGAGAUGGAGUGCUGCGAGUGAGGAACCAGCUCCGUUUCUUAGCAGGUGACCACUUGAAAGUCUGCUCACAAGGCUACACAUGCUGCUCUCAAGAAAUGGAGGAGAAGUAUAGUCAGCAGAGUAAACAGGACUUCAGAAACGCCGUCGUAGAGCUUAGCAAUCACCUACAAACCGUGUUUAGUUCCCGAUACAAGAAGUUUGAUGAGUUCUUCAAAGAACUGCUGGAGAAUGCUGAGAAGUCUCUGAAUGACAUGUUUGUGCGGACGUACGGCCGACUUUACAUGCAGAACUCGGAGCUGUUCAAGGACCUCUUUGUGGAGCUGAAGCGCUACUACGUGGGCGGCAACGUCAACCUGGAGGAGAUGCUCAACGAGUUUUGGGCGCGCUUGCUGGAACGCAUGUUCCGGCUGGUCAACCCCCAGUACCACUUCACAGAUGAGUAUCUGGAGUGUGUCAGCAAGUACACGGAGCAGCUGAAGCCCUUUGGGGAUGUGCCGCGGAAGCUCAAGCUGCAAGUGACGCGAGCCUUCGUGGCUGCCCGCACCUUCGCGCAGGGCCUGGCUGUCGCCAGGGACGUCAUCAGCAAAGUGUCUGCGGUGAACCCCACACCACAGGGUACACGAGCGCUGCUAAAAAUGAUGUACUGCCCACACUGCCAAGGUCUGGUAUCAGUGAAGCCCUGCUACAACUACUGCUUUAAUGUCAUGAGAGGCUGCUUGGCCAACCAAGGGGACUUGGAUGCCGAGUGGAAUAUCUUUAUGGAUUCAAUGCUGCUGGUAGCCGAGAGGCUGGAGGGACCUUUCAACAUUGAGUCAGUCAUGGACCCCAUUGACGUAAAAAUUUCAGAUGCCAUCAUGAACAUGCAGGAGAACAGCAUGCAGGUGUCUCAGAAGGUUUUCCAGGGAUGUGGCCAGCCAAAAACACUUGCCCAAGGCCGGACUGCUCGCUCUGUCUCUGAAAGUGGUUUUAGUGCUCGUUUCAGACCCUACAACCCAGAGGAGCGACCAACAACAGCUGCUGGCACAAGCUUGGACCGACUGGUUACUGAUGUGAAAGAGAAGCUGAAACAAGCCAAAAAAUUUUGGUCAUCUCUCCCUGGCAAUAUUUGCAAUGAUGAAAAGAUGUCUGUAGGCACUGUCAAUGAGAAUGAGUGCUGGAACGGGAGCGCCAAGAGCAGGUAUGACUUUGCAGUGACUGGAAAUGGCUUAGCAAGUCAAGUGAAUAACCCAGAAGUUGAAGUCGAUAUUACCAAGCCAGACAUGGUGAUUCGCCAGCAAAUCAUGGCUCUGCGGGUGAUGACCAACAAGCUGAAGAAUGCCUACAGUGGGAACGAUGUCGACUUCAUUGACAUAAGUGAGGAAAGCAGCGGGGAGGAGAGCGGCAGCGGCUGUGAGCUCCAGCAGUGCUCCCCAGAAUUCGAGUUCAACGCCACUGAGGUCACUGGGAACUCCAGCAAGAGCGAUAAGACCGUGAACACUUCUGCUGCCACCAGAAGCGGUCUAUCACAAGCAGCCUUGCUCCUUAACAUUUUGUUCUUGGCCAUGCAAAGACAAUGGAGAUAAUUGUGCAGCAUAGGGGGAGGGGAAAAGACUUUUAUUAUCAGAGGUAGAAGGCACCUGCUUUCACUUUUAUACCAUCUAGAGACUUUGCUUUUUAAGUUAAUGGACAACAGUGUACAGUUUUUACUAUGUUGCCACUGGUUUUAAGAUACUGAUUUUUUUUUUUCCCCCUUGCUAUCCUGGGAAUAACAGGAACGGGAACUACAAGUCUCUCCCGUUCACGAAGAGUGGAUGUUAGAGGUGGAUAACAAAAAUGUAUAUACAAGCCUGUAGUUAGCUCAACAUUUGUGUCUUUAUCACUUCAUUUUUGUGUUUUUCUUUUACUGUACUUCUUAUGAAAACAAAAACCCCAGGGUCUUCUCUUGGCCUGUAACAAGUAUGUGUUUCUGAAAUGAGAAAUAUCUGUACAGAAGCAGGUUUUAUUUAUCAUGUUAUCUUAUGAGGAAAAAAUAAUUGCCCAAAAAGCAGAAAAUGUUUCAUGUAGUUAACUUCCCAUUUAUCCACAUUAUGUUAGUUGCCUUAUCUGGAGAGAAGUGGAAGUCAUUUGUCUUUAUUAUGUGCUAAAACAGAAGGUGAAGGCAGAGCUGCUCAUCAUGCCAAGGGCCCCAUUUGCAUAGGGCAUCCAUGCCAGGAGCAGGUUGUGCUUGCUUUACAGGAGGUUUGGUUAAAUUGGAAGGGACUACAGAGAAUUCCCAUUCUGCAGAUGCUGAGAAGAGUUGUCAUUUGUUCCCUGGGAUCCUUGCAAUUAGCUGUAACUCCUGUGGGUCAGUUCCCAACAUGCAUCCCCCAUGGGAAUGAGGCAUUAAACUUGUUCGGUUGGAAACAACUUGUCGUCUCACAGAUCCAAAUGCCAACAUGUGUCUUGUCUGCACAUUUAUUAGGUGAAUGCUGGAUUGAUUUUUUAAUGGUUUUGGUUCUGGUUUUAAGAAAUCCUGUGUGGGAGGGCAGGUGGGGAGGGGUUGGGUUUGUUUUUAUGAGUUUUGUUUCCUCUCUGAUGGGGGCAAAAGAGAAGGAGCAGGCACUGUUGCACGUACAUGGGAGCAGGAGCUGGCAGGGCUGAAGAUGCCUCAUUUUGGGUGUGUUUGGCUGGGAGCUGAUGCCCAGCACCUGUAGCUUUUUGGCACUACCUGAGACACCUUCCUCUCUCUACCUGUGCUGUUGGAGUUGGAACAAUGUUAUGGUGAACAGCAACUCAUUAAUAAAAGAAAUGUAUAUUUUUAAGAAAAGAGAUUAAAUAAUUUUUAAAAGAGUUUAGCGAAAGCAAAGUCUUUGGAAAGACUCAAAAUUAUUCUGCAUGUCUCUUCCUGCUUUGGGAAGCCUUUAGGUCUGGCUGGACACUGGGAUCUGGCCAGGAGAGCAAUCCAGAGAGAAAAGGUUUGCUCUAUUCCACCCUUGUGUCAUAAAGAAUAAUUUUCUAUUUUUAUAUUGGAGCAUUAAUUACUUGUUAGCUCAGGGUCAGCAUUAUACUCAACUUUAUUUUCACACCAAAUUUCUGCAAAGCUAUAAAGACAGAGUAUUCUUGGCUGGUAAAAAUAAUCUUGGAGGUUUAAUUUUACUAGAAGUAGCCAGUUAUUUAUUAAACCAUGAUGAUAGUAGAGUUAGGGAUAUUCUGGCUAGAUUAUUUUUCUUUAGAAAAUAAAUCAUGGAACCAUAAAAUUGAAAAAAUUACAAAUUUAUGUGUGGGAAAAAAUGGAUUGUAAAUAGCUAAGUUGCCUUGCGAGGAAUUGGAAAAUGUGCUGAUACUUAGAAACUACCUCAGUUCUGAGGAAUUUCCUUUCUAGCUUUGAGUGCUAUUGCAUUUACGUGGUAGAAGUGAAUCUGGUCUCCAAUAUGUAGCUGAAAGAGUUAUCCCUAUAGACCUUGUUAGAUUGUUUUUAAUUUAGAGGGUUGAACUACAUCCAGCUGUUUUCUUUCAGCUAAGUUCCCUAACAAAGAGAAUUUCUGAAUUAAAUAUUGCUGAUGGUUUCCAUGA